AUGCCCACCAACACCUCCUCUCCGGUCAAGCGCCCCGGCCUGGGCCGCCGCGCGGUUUCUUCACAUGCGGUUGUCACGAGGUCUCACUCCAACUCAAGCUCCAACACAAACACCAACGAGCUGUCUCAGUCUCACUCCUCCAGGUCCACUAGCACGACCAACAUCCAUCAUAAGGCCCAUCGUGCGCAUGUCGUCGGAGGCGGCCAUCGCAAUCACGGUCGGAAUCCCUCAUUUGGCAAGAAUCUCAAUAAGCUCCAGCGCUUCCAGCUAGGCGCUGAGACCACUGCCCGUCAUCACCAGCGCAAGAAGUCCGCCCCCGCAACUCCGAUUGCCAGUCCCAAAGGCGAGUCGCAUGUUCGCUGGGCCGGACCGGUAAAUGAUCGACCUGGAGAUUCUUCGAUGAAGAGGAACUACUCGACGCCGGUUCUCCGACGCAAUAACUCAGCGAUCACGAAGAAGUCAUUGGUCACUGAUCGGCCCCUCACGAGUGCAGGGAAGAAGAAGUCGGUUGGGUUUGAACUAGCAGACGAUGAAAACGACGACACGGAGGAGUGGGAAGAUACCACACAGUCUCCUGAAAGCACGAGGCGUAAUUCGGUAGCACCCUCGAAUCAAAGUACAGAAAACACGCAGGUUCUGGUCGACCCUCUGACCUUUGUGAAGCGACCGUACCCGCAAAUACCUCGGGCGACCAGUCUACCCGACUCCAUCUCAAGCAAACUUGUCAGGGAGGAUCACGAUCAGGAGACCGACAAGGAAAACGAGCCCGACCGGGCAGAGAGCGAGGCGGACACAGACGCAGAGGCAGAGAAUCAGCCAGAGCAACCUCGGGCACCCAGUCAACCUGCCACCUCCGACCAAGUUGACAUUGCGACUCGCCUCAUCAGCCCGUCACACUCGGCCAAGGCACCACCUGCCAUGUCAUCAAUCUCCGCAGUCGCCAAACCCGUGGAUCCCACCUCGCGCGGCGCCUCCCUCACCCUGACCAGUGGCCUGGGUGCUGCUCGACGAACGUUUUCGACAUCCAAUCUCUCCAUGGCUCAAGCGAGUGGCAGUCAACCUGGCGCUACGUCAUCCUCCAUGGAAGGCGGCGUUUCUCGGUUUAUUAUGAGUAACAAAUCGGGCCUCCAGUCGUCGUCAAGAACCGACUCGGAUCCAAAUACUCCAUCCUCGUUUCUCCCCCAUUAUCACCCGCAAACCCCUCCUUCUCCAAAGAUCUCCAAUGGUCGAGUCAUUGCCUCGCCGGCACGGCCUCGUGGCAUCGAUCUGCCUUCUCGAACCCAGCAGAAACUGUGGCUUCAACGCACAGCAACCCUGAACAACUCUCCGCCCGACUCUCACAGCGUGUCCACAACAGUCGCUCCGGCAAACAUUGAUACGUCCUUUGGGAAUGGCUCUAGCUUUGACGGAGGUCCUGCCACAAUCGGCAGCGGCCGACCCGGAGGUCCUGGUAACGACACCGAGGCGCGUCGCAUCCGCAAAGCGUUUGAAAAGACCUCUUUGGAGCUGACAGUGGCUCGCCGAUUUCACUCCCCUACCGCAGACAGCUUCCAGCGUCUCCGCGCCAUAGCCCGUGCAUCCAAGACUCGGGCGGUCAAUGCUGAACAUGCGUCUGCGUUGGGUAAGCCGGUCAAAUCCGAGCCAUCCCUCCCUCUUCUCCAGAAGGCCAAUCGACCUACCCGGCCGGGUUCUGGCUCGGGAGAUCAGCGUCAAUUGGCUGGCCCAACAUCGACGUCCGAGGACCCUGCAGCGCAAGGUGACCCUUCCGAUGCGGUCCAAGCGGGGAAUUCCUCUCACCCUUCUCAUCGUAUCCUGUCCACCUCCGAUGACGGAGCGCACGGUGUGACGGGCGACCAGUCUUCCGAUGAUCUCCCUGCUCUGAGUGAGACGGAUCUCAUGAUCCGGCGCAUGUGGGAAACCCGAGAAGUAGCCACCUCUGGCUGA